AUGUCCACUGCUACUGCAUCCACCCAGCCCAAUCAGCCAUUGUCAGCUGUGGAGCGUGCGAUAAAGGAGUCACUCCAAUCCUCGAUGUUCCUAGACGUCAAAUUUUAUGUGUUUUCUCGUCGAUCGUUCGCAAAAGAUGGCAUGAUCCGAGUCGAUAAUCCACGGCAUGUCCUCGCCAUCAGCUCUGUACUGAAGAAAGCCGACUAUUUUGAGAAACUGCUAUCUAAUGGCUUCGCGGAGUCCGGCGCUAGGAUACCUGUUGACUCACCUUUCCCCGAAGACAAAAUUCCCUACACGAACGACUACGAUUAUGAGUCAGACAGCGAUCUAGACGAUGAUGACCUCGCCUCCGAUAUGGACAUGUCGGAAGAUCUCAAACCUCCAUCUCGUCGAGGCAAGCAACGCAUCACACCAGCUUCCAGCAACUCUCGCGGAUCCGACGGGACCUCCAUCGAGCUUGCGGGACAAUGCCAGCAAAUCAUCGUGAACGAUGUCGCGUACCACACGUGGCGCGCGCUUAUAUUCUACUUGUACUUUGGCAAAGUCAAAUUCUUGCCGCUGAGGUCUUCGGGCGAGGAGGAGAGGAAUCUAGAAAUGGCCAAGGCGUUGAGCGAUUCCGAUUCAAUCCCGCCAUGUUCUCCAAAAUCGAUGUACCGCCUGGCAGAGAAGUAUGGUAUCCCCGAGCUGCAGGAACUCUCCUUUGAAGCAAUCCGUGCCCGCUUAUCGGCACAAAACAUCGUACAAGAGGUUUUCAGCAGGUUCACUUCUCGGUACGACAGAGUGCGCGAACUCGAGAUCAAGAUAUUCCACGAUCAUUAUUGCGAGAUCCGCGACUCGUUCGCGGACAUUCUUGACAGGGUCGUGCAGGGCGAGUUCCCUCAUGCGGGUGAGGUCCUCAAGACGCUGCUCGACGUCAAGAACGGAGCCGUUACGCGGUCCUCGGCAUUACCACGGAAGGACCCAAGACACGCGCCCGCCUUCAGUGUUGGCGGGGCGAGCAGCGCGGGCCCCGCGCGCGCUGUGUACGCAAUAGGCAGUUCUACCAGCAGCACCUCUUCGUCAGUGUUCGGUCCUUCCGGUGGUAGUUCUACGAGGGUCCGUGGCGGGCUGAGGGGUAGCGUUGCACCACCGCCGUACAGGGUGACCAGCUGGGUCCAACCGGAGACGUGGACACCGAGCUUCGGCUCUGCCAGAGCUUUCGGUGAUGGCGACGACGACGCGUUUUGA